GCCGUCACCGCCGAAAACAAGCCCGCAGCUCAAGAGUCGAAGAGUCGAAGAGUCGAAGAGCCUCGUCGCCUAGUAAACAUCUCUCGUCUCCGUCUCGCGCGGACCGAUGUGAUUUUCCGGCGGGGAUCUCGUUUGGCCUCGGCUCCACUCGACCGCGCGUCGGAGAAGAACCGGUGGUGUCGUCUGUCUCCGAGCGCGGUGCCGAAACGGCGUCCCCGUGUUCGGUUCCGACUAGGGAGCUCUGUCCGUUCGUCCAGCGCCAGACCAGGCCACUCGGAAAGCCGAGGAUGUUCUGGAACAACGCACCGGGGUUGGAUGCGGUGACCUCGGCAUUCCACAGUUAAAUUCACGUUGUUUAUAUAUUUUUUCUUUUUCUUUUUCAAACCAAGAACCGACCUCCUACAAACAGAGGAAGUUCUUCGUGAAAGGUAAAACACACGAGUGGAUAAAAAGGAGAGGGAAUAUAUAUUUUUUUUAGUGAAGGCUGAAGAAGUUUUCGAUUCAUGUGUGCAGAGUACGUUAACUCGACGGUAUAGUUUUUUGCGGCCAGUGUUUUGAACGGUGCGAGUGGUGGGUAAAGUACGUUUAACUAGACGGUAUAGUUUAAACGGUGCGUAAAGUACGUUAACUGAACCGUACAGUUUUUGCGGUCAGUGUUUUGAACGGCGCGAGCGUGGGAGGGGGGGAGCCGGAAGGGGAAGGAUGCCCACGACGACGACGACGGAGACGACCUCGGGGUGACCCCAUGUCGCCGCCGUCGCUGCUGGCGCGCCGUCGCAGCGGGCACUCGCGGCUGCUGCUGUGCGCGGCGCUGGCCACCACGGCCUGGUCGCUCGUCGUGCUGCACCUCAAGAUCUCGGAGGCGCGGCGCGGGGCUUCAGCGGCGGUCGUCGUCGGCCCGGACCACCCGACGUCGACGGAGGCGGCGAGGGUCGCCCGCGCCCCCACCAGGUCCAUGGAGGAAGGCCGCAUGUCGGCGGCGCGGCCCAGCGACCACGUGGUGUUCUUCAACCGCGUGCCCAAGGCCGGCGGCGAGAUGCUCGUGCUGCUGCUGCAGUGGCUGCAGGGCGCCAACGGCUUCCGGCACGUGCGGCUGGGCGGCGGGCACGUGCGCCGGCUCAGCAGGCUGCAGCAGGAGGACCUGGUGGAGGAGGUGACGAUGGCGGUGAGGAGGCAGGCCGUUCCCGUCAGCUUCGACCGCCACGUGUACUUCCUCAACUUCAGCCGGUUCGACCGGCAGUCGCCGACGUUCAUCAACCUGGUCAGGGAUCCCGCCGAGAAGGCGCUGUCCAGGUACUACUACGCGCGGGCGACGGCGAACCCCAGGAACCCGGACCUGAAGGCGGCGCCGACCCAGGCCACGCCUCGGCGUCGCCCGGACGACGACGGCUCGUUCGAGGCGUGCGUGGCCGAGCAGCGGGCCGAGUGCAGCUUCGCGGCGGGCCGCCACUACGACCUCGCCAUCCCCUACUUCUGCGGCCACGAGGAGUUCUGCACGGAGCUGGACAACGAGCGCGCGCUGAGCGUUGCCAUGGACAACGUGGAGCGCUACUUCCCCGUGGUGGGGGUCCUGGAGGAGCUGAACGCCACCCUCGCCGUGUUGGAGAGCACGCUGUCCUACUUCUUCAAGGGCGUGCAGCGGCUGUACUUCGACGAGCUGCUGGAGCCACACAAGAACAGGAACCGCAAGAAGCCGGCGGAGAUCAGCCCGGGAACACGCUCCAAGCUGGAGAGCAGCCUCCGCCUGGAGUACGUCUUCCACCGGUGGCUGCGCAGCAGACUGCUUCGGCAGCACGGGUCUAGGACCUCGGAGGGAGCGCCGAGGAUCGCCAAGUACCUGGGUCCCGACGGCACGAAGAGACCCCCGGGCCUCGGGCCGGUCGGCAACUCGCUCUAGCCCCGCGAGCCGAACAUCUUGUCCAUGAGUUCACGUACUCUGCCUGGAGUUUCCUGGUCUGUUGGCUUCAGCUGAGUCUAAAGCAAGUGUGGCUUCAGUGAAGCGGGAGAGGCAUUCACGUUCCCUGCCUGAGGUUUCCUGGUCUUUUGGUUUCAACUGAGUCUAAAGUAAGUGUGACUUCAGCUGAGUCUAAAGCAAGUGUGGCUUCAGUGAAGCGGGGGAGGGGGGAAGGGGUGGUAGGUGCGACAACUCCUCCUAAGCCUCAAUAUCAUUUUUAAUAUUGCAUUUUGUAGGGUAUAUUUAUGUUUCCUUAAAUAUUUAGACUCGUGUGUUAAAAAACUUAAUUUUUGAUGCGUUGAAGUUCCCAACCAGAUGCUCAAAAACUUUCUCAGCCUCUUCAAAACCUGGGUUCGGCGAAUAAAGGGCCAGGACUCAAGUAUUAAGUUCCGACUUACUUAAACUCGUUGAAAGAACUUACAUAAACCAUUCAACAAUGGUACCCAGAAAUAUAUGCGUGUGCAACGAAUGUGAAACAGGUGUCUUGGCACCACUACUAUCACAAAUUUCGUUUUUUCAGUAACAUGUUAUAAAUUUUUUUUACUAAAAGUGUGUGUGAUAAAGAUAUUUCCCAUUUUUGUAUUGAACUACUGUUGUAGAACAUUUAACCUAAAAAGAAUAACUAUUCUAAUUGAAUUAAGUAUUUUUGUAUGUGUUUGGAGGAAUGUGAACUGUAAAUUACAGUACAUAAUAACAAUAAUUUGACAAGGUAAAAAUUGAGAAAUAAACUACAAAUGAAUUGUUUUAAUUGUGUAAA